GCACUGGAGGACCGGAAGCAAUCUGGAUCUCCAACCAAUCAGAGCGCCCUAUUGUCUGAGCGCGAACGUGCAACUACCAGUUUGGUAAGCUGCUCCGUAUUACCCAGCAAAAGGUGGUGCUGCUGUUUGUCUUUGUCUGAAUGAAGAUGGAGCUUCACUCAGACUGAAGAUUCCUUCCUCUCUCCCAUAUCUGAUAUUAGAAAGGGAAGAUUUUCAAACAGCAAUCUUAAAACAACCAAUACUUGAAGAUCUUAUAGGUUCACUGAAAUAACUGGCACUAAAAUAUUAUUGACUGUAAACCAGAGAUCAAGAAUGAUUUGAAACAACAAUUUGGCUGGAAAAGAACUGAGGUAUACUUACUAACUACGAGUCUUUCAGUGAAUUGAUAAACCUUCAGACAGUCUCAUACCUGAAAGAAACCUCACACCAUUCAUAGUAGGAACUCAGAGACACAAGGCCACCCUUAAUAUGGAGAAACCAUGGAAAUGUGAUGACUGUGGGAAUGGAUUCCAUUCCCUGUCAACUCUGGAGUUUCAUCGACGUGGUCACUACAGGGAGGAGCCGUUCACCUGCACCGAAUGUGGGAAGGGAUUCCCUGAUUCGUCUGCUCUGCGGGUACAUCAGCGUGAUGCCACUGCAGAGAGACCAUUCACCUGCUCUGAGUGUGACAAGACGUUCUGUGAGUAUUUCACCCUGUUGUCACACCAGCAAGUUCACACAGGGAAGAGGCCACCUACCUGCUUGGAAUGUGGGAAAGUGUUCACGCAGGUAUCCAGCCUGCGCACGCACCAACGAGUUCACACUGGGGAGAGGCCAUUUCCUUGCUCUGAUUGUGGAAAAGAAUUCACUGUGUCAUCAGCCCUUGUGAGACACCAACGCAUCCACACAGGGGAAAAGCCAUUCAAAUGCUCCAAGUGUGGGAAGCGAUUCAGAAAUUCAUCUGUCCUACAGGCACACAAAUUAAGUCAUACUGGGAAGAAGUCAUUCAUAUGUUCUGAGUGUGGGAAAGAAUUCACUCAGUAUUCCAGUCUGUGGAGGCACAAGAAAGUUCACAAAUUAUCACAGGAGUAGGAUCUGCUGUUAAUCUGUAUUAUUAUAUCUGCUUGAGAGCAUAUUUCAAACCCACACCUUCACCAUCCAAAAGAUCAAGAGCAGCAGUUACCUGGGAACAUUACCACCUGCAAGCUCCCCUCCAUGUCACAUGCCAUUCUCAUUAACAGGCUGUUAGAAAGGGAAGAGUUGCAGACAGAAAUCUCAAAACAACCAGUACAUGAAGAUCUAAUGGAGUCACUGAAAUAACUGGGACUUGAACAUCAUAAAUCUCCACAUUGGCUGUUCCUUCAUAUCAAUGGGUCAAAAUCUUGGAACUGCACCUUAACAGCAUUGUGGGUAAGCCAACACCACAAGGACUGCAGUCCCAGAAGGCAACUCACCAUCACUUUCUCAAAAUGAACAACUCAGAUGGGCAAUGAAUGCUGAUCCAGACAUUAAUACUAUAACCCAUGAAUUGAUAUCAAAAUGAGGGAAAAUCCCACUCAAGACUCAUCCAACUUCAUUCUGACAGAAGAUGAAAUGGGGACAACCACAGGAUUGCUUUCUGCAGGACAGGCCACUCUUGCUACUUUGCUUCCAAUAAGGCUGAUGCUCUUUGAGCAUGGAACUGCAUAUUCCCAAGAAAAAGAUCCCCUGAGGAAGGACAUUCAAUUUAUCCUGAAUAGGAAAUAAUAUUUUCCUUACCACUCUAAUGAGAUGAAAAGUAAAUAUGUUUGUCUUUGUUCCAUUAAAUUUGUACCCAGGGCCAGGCCACUUGACUCAAUUGGUCUCAGUCAGUAUAUAUGUUCCACAUGGCCUCACCCAGGUCAAGGGAGUGUUGCUGCUGACCUGAGGCCCACACCCACUGCUGGUCUCUGGGAUCCCACCCAGACCUGCCUCAGCUGCUACUGCUUGGGGCCUGCCUCAAUGGUCCUGCCUGGGACUCACCUUGGGCCCCUCCCAGGACCUCCACCACUGCUAUCAAAAAGAAAAUAUAUGUUCCAUAUGAACCUUCACCCUCCCCUAUUCAACUCUCCAUCAGCAGAUCUUUCUGUUCUGUAAUGUGGAAAGAUUAAAUGGGAAUAUCUCUCUGCACAUUAAUGUAAUAUUAAGGGUUAAACUACACUGAGUGAAUGUUCUGGAAGUGGGUGGGGACAACAGUCAGGCAGGAAUGCGAUGAUUCUAACUCCAGUUACACAGUCACUUGCUACUGAACUCCCUAUUAUCAAGUUAAAUUAUUGUUUAAUCUCUAUCAUACUUUUAUAGCCAUCCCCAGCCAAUCAGGUUCGCUUGCUUGAUCAUCCUCAAUGCUGAGGUCCAUCAUACCUACGUUGUCCGAGGCAGAAGCAGGACCAGAACUCAUUUUCAGGGCCACUCCGAAGGUGUGAUGUAUCCAAACUAUGUUGUCCUUGGGAAUCACUGAGUCAGGAAAUCAUCUGCAUUAUGAUUCCCAAUGUUAGGGCAUUAGCAUUUGCGUUAUCUCCGAGGAUGAUCUCAUCCUACCAUAGUACCUGGGGUAAUAUGUGACUGUGAGGCUGGGGGUUGUCUUCAGUAGCAUGUGUCUAUGGGGGAGUGGCCAGUAUAUCUGUAAACAUUGUCAACUGAUCUGUAGAGAGGAAAUGUAUUUUCUUUGGUUGGGGUCUCUCUUCUGACUCUACUUUUCAUGCCUGGAAAGAGUAUCAGAGGAGUCACCUAACUUGUAUAAGUUUUAUUCAACUUUUACUGUUUGCAGGAGUUGGUGUGUGUGAAUAGCAUCUCGUGUGUGAAACCUCAAGAAAAGAACCAAGCAAUUUUUUUUACUCCAUCCCUGGUAUGUCAUGGUCAUUUGUAACUGAAUCUGUCAGUAUGUGAUCUGUGAACACACACAUCAGUACGUUACAGAUAAAGUGGAAGGUGAAUGAUGUCUCCUAUUUUUGCCAUACUGUUGUAAGGUAUACAAUAUAGUUCUUAAUUUCUUUCAGGCUUAAGUCAGUUUAAAUGUCUCAAAGCAGAAGACCAUAAGGAAAAUGAAAUGUUUGUGGCAUUUUUAUUUGCCUGUGUUCUGUCAUAAGAAAUCACAAUUGUUUUUAACCCCACUUUUAUGUUUAUUGUCCAUAACCAAAGACUCUCUUAUGCAUCGUGAAAGAUAUAUAGCUACCUGAGCUGAAGUUAAGCUGAUAAACCAACCCAAACUGCUCCCUGUGGAAUAGAACAAGGGCAGCAUGUUCUACAUUUUCUUAUUAGACAGAUGGCUUCCUGUUCAAACUGUCUCUUUACCCCAGAUUCUCUAAUGAGCAGUGACAUUCACCCAGUAUCUACAUACUUUGUUAACUCCUUUCAGAUCAUUUUCUCUUCUACUAAAAGGUUACACAUUGUUCUUCAAAACUCCAGUGAGAAUAUGCCCAAAUGUUUAUACUUACCGUUUCUGUGAUGUGAAGAUGACUGUCCAAUUACCUAUCUGCCCCUGUCAGAUUCUGCUGUGUGAAUAUGAGUGUCAUUAUCCGUGUCUACCUGUCAGCUUUUGCUAUGUCAAUGUGAUUUUAGUUAUCAAUCUGCCCCAUUAGGUGAAUGUAGUUAUCAGUAUAUACCUGUGAGAUUCUGCUCCAGGAAUGUGUGUGUUAUCAAAAUGUACCUGUCUGUUUCUGUAAUGUGGAUGUGUUUGUGCAAUUAUCAGUCUAUCCCUGACAGCUUCAACUAGAUGAAUGGAUGAGUGCAUCUGUAUGUGAAAGCAUAUGUACCUGUCAGUUUGUGUUCCAUGAAUAAAUAACUCCUCUGUCA